AUCGGGUCGGCUGUUCAACGAGAGUUAUGAAAUAAAAAUAGAAACUGACUCGCUUGAAGACGCAUUCCCUCAACUACUUUUAUCUUAAUUUUUUCAGGGUUGCCACAGACUACUAAAAUGCAACUAUUUGCUACUAUUUUCGGCCUUAGGCAACUAUGACACGUGGUACAUCAUAAAUCUACCUCCAUGUGGUGCAUCAUAGAUCUACCUCCACGUGGUGCACCCUGGGCAACGCUCUGUCGGCUAAAUGAUCUACAACUCUGGCGUGGGCCCCUCGCUGAAUAGUAACUCAUUGUUGCGUGUGCUACAGUGGAAUGCGGGUGGGCUGUCCCACUCCAAGAGGGCUGAGCUCUGCAAAACUUUUACAUCCUACGACAUUGACGUAUUCACAAUAAUGGAAGCUAAUUUAUCACAAGAUAGCAUUAAGUAUUGCUCAUUCCCCGGUUACGCCCUGUACUUGCUUCCAAAAGCUAGACAAGUGGCGAGUGGUUUACUUAUGGGAGUUAAAAAACAUCUUACUUCUGACUUCCAAAUCAUUAAGGAAAUGAAUGAUAGUGAUAAGACUGAGCUAAUCAAACUAAAAAUUUGGAAAGAUGGACAUGCUUUUAAGAUCUACAGCACUUACUGCCCACAUAAUAACACACCUCACUAUAAUUUACCAUCAAUACUUUCUAGUACAAUUUUUAUUGGUGAUUUCAAUGCUCAUUCUCUCAAAUGGGGGUAUAAUGAUACAAACCAGGUAGGAUCACGCAUAGUGGAUCUAUUAAACACCUCCACCUUGGAACUAGUCUAUAACUGCAAUGAUCCAUGUACUUUUCUGCACUAUAAUGGAACUAAGUCAAAUCCCGAUCUCCUAAUGGUUUUGGCAGAUCUGUGUCAGUCAACAACACAAAGAGUCCUUGGGGAUCCUGGCUCUGAACACAGACAAAUCUUGGCUGAUAUAUCCUUUUCUGCAGAUAGAAGGUCUGCAGCACAUCCCACAUAUGUUUCCUGGAAUUUUGUGAAAGCGAACUGGAAACUUUUCACAGACACCCUGAAGCAACUUUUACAAAGGAACCCUGUAAAUCCUCACUCCCAUCCAGAUGCUAUUUGUACUAAACUUAAUAAUUAUAUUCUGGAUAGUGCUAAAAUUGCUAUUCCUAGGGGAAGAGUCAAGAGAUACAGUAGUUUUUAGAGCGAAGAACUCCAACAACUAAAAGAUAAACGUGAUCGCCUACGAAGGAAAGCAGAGAUCACUGGUAGGGUUCCAGAUGUUAUAAAUUGGAGAAAGCAAGCAGCUAUAUUUAACAAGGCCAUUAUAACUGCAAAAAGAAACAGUUUUAAUGUUUUCAUCUCUGAAAUUAAUUUCCAAAAAGAUAGCUUGAAAACUUACAAAUUUCUAUCUCAAUUGAGAAACCAAUCCCCUCAAAUUGCUAAAUGCUCAUUUCUUGUUGAUGGAAAAGUUAUUUCUCCAGAUACUAAAGUUGCCCACUGUUUCUUGAAACACUUUACCGGGGUAAAUCGUACAGCUGCAUUCACAAGAAAAAUGUCCAGAGUGUUUAAUCGCAGACUUGGUUGUGUCCAGGGUGGCUCUUCUUAUCUCCCGGUGAGCGAAACGAAUAUUUUAUGUGCUCCAUUCUCCCAACACGAACUAAAUAUGGCCCUGUUUAGAUUGAAA